ACGAUAUUUUAUAAAGCACGCCUGCACAUAUAGCUGAUACGUGAUUCGAUUGUGAACUGCUCGUUAAUAGGCCUCGUAAAACGCCUCGUACUUCUCGUAACACCUAUAUAAACUUCAACUACUCGCCAGAGAAGGUUUAGUUGACCGAUAGUUUGAAUCGCAGGUGAAGAGGUGUUCGUUAGAAUUCAGGGUGCUAUGGUAUCCCUAUGGUGUUCCUAAAGUGGGACCAAACGCCAGGUGGGGUAUGGGCAUACCUCGUAAUCAUAGCGAUCGUUUACAUCUUAUACAUCCUGAAGAGCUACAUUAGGUGCGUCUAUUUCGUGUUGCGUCUCAGUGGCCCGAAAACCGUACCAUUCUUAGGAAAUGCGGGUUGCGUUAUCAAAGAUAAUCUGCUUCACAGGCUGGGAUACGAGAGCCAAACUUAUGGGCGCAUCGUCAGGAUAUGGCUGACAGGGUUACCGUACGUGAUGCUGCCCGAGCCAGAAGACAUCCAAGUAGUCCUCAGCAGUAUGAAGCACACGCAAAAAGUGUUUUUCUAUAAAUUGUUAGACAAUUUCCUCGGAAAGGGUUUGAUCACCAGGGACGUGGACACAUGGCGGAUGCACCGGAAGUUCUUGCAACCGGCGUUUCACCUAAACAUUCUCGAGAAGUUCACGCUAACGUUCGCGGAAUGCGCGGAUCGUCUGAUGAACGAGUUCCACGAGAGGGAUAACGAGGAAAUUAAUAUUACCACGUUCGUCAACGAUUCCGUUUACGAUAUUUUAAGUGAGACGGUUCUGGGGAUCAAACGAGCAAGCCGGCACGCGCAGGACACGGACGAUCUACCAUUCAGAAAGGGACAGAUCAUGCUUUUGUAUCGUCUGGUCAGGCCUUGGUUGUUGAUCGAAUGGAUUUACCGAUUGACGAAGUUCGGCAGGCAAGAAGAGAAGCAACGAAAGGACCUUUUCGACACGUGCUUCAGGAUGAUGCAGGAGAAGCGCGAUCAAAUGUACAACAAGGGUGCCGUGAGUAACGACGAAUCACAGGGUGCAAAGAGGAUCUCGUUGUUGGAGUACAUGGUGGAGAUGAACGAGAGGAAUCCUUGCUUCAGCGACGAAGACAUCGUCGAAGAGUGUUGCACGUUCAUGUUGGCCGGUCAAGACUCGGUUGGCACUGCGACAGCGAUGACGAUGUUCCUUUUGGCUAAUCAUCCCGAGUGGCAAGAGAAAUGCAUUGAGGAGCUGGACGCAAUUUUCAAUAAAGACUCGAGGAUGCCGACCAUUAAGGACUUGAAGGAAAUGAAGUGCCUGGAAAUGUGCAUCAAAGAGGCCCUCAGGCUUUACCCUAGUGUGCCGCUUAUAGGGAGGAUACUCGGUGAAGAUGUAAAGAUUGGAAAAUACGUGAUACCAGCAGGCUGUGGCGUUAUCAUGUCGCCAUAUUGCACGCACCGUUUACCACAUCAUUAUCCGGAUCCAGAAGCGUUCAAACCCGAACGCUUCAGUCUAGAAAAUUGCGGGAAGAGACAUCCAUACGCUUACUUACCUUUCAGCGCUGGACCCAGAAACUGCAUCGGGUACAAGUUCGCGAUGCUGGAAAUGAAAUCCUUGGUCAGCUCGAUUCUUCGGAGGUGCCGAUUACAAUCGAUCCCAGGGAAAGAGGAAGUGAAACCGAAAUUCCGAAUGACGAUCAGAGCGCAAGGCGGACUCUGGGUUAAGGUUGUAGCGCGCGAACAGAAAUCGAAAGCUGCUUUAGUUAAUUAAUUCGACACUUUCCGACCACUAGAUUGUAAUACUCCAUUUGUACUUCCAUUUUCAUAACAAUGACCACUGAACUGUAACUUAUUAAACCUUUUCCUAAGUAAAUUGUACUACGGAACGUUCGGUACGUUACAAUCAACUGGAUAACAUUAAUAACAUCCUUCGAUAGUUCCUCACUUAAUAAAAUAUAAUUGACCAAACGUUUCACGAAGUGAACGCUGUUUAUUCCGCUUAAAGGUGUGACUGACCGCGAACGUUCGUGAGAAAGUAUUUAACGAAUAAUCGAUCUAUAAAUUGAAAUAAAUCGCUUCGCAAUAAAUACACACACGGAGAGAAAGAAGUUUGUUUCAUAAGGAACGUAGAAAUCGUAAAAAUGAUUGUCCUUUUCUCGCGCGCACUACGAAAUCAUUAAUUAUCUUCAUAUUUGAGUAUUUAUUUAGAUUAAAUUGGACAAGCACGCAUAAAGAUGACUUUAUCGUUAACAAAUUAUCAUUAACAUUGAAUCAUUAUUGUAUUAAUGUUCGACAUGUUCGCGGGUAAUGAUGAAGGAUUUGUUUCGAAAGGUUCUUUGAUUCGAACCAAAAGGGAAGUCGUAAAUAGUUGAUGUUGCUAAAAUCGAUUAGAGCGAUCCAAGGUCAAGACUAAGAAGUUUACAUGUGGUAAUUUAUGGUUACUUUCAAUUUUGGGAUGUCUCUCACGCGGUCUAUGGCUAAGUAUAAUUAAGUAUGCUCGUCCACUUUAAUACAUAUUUACAUAACCGCAUUGGCCAUGAAGGGACGUACUUCAAGUCCUGCAUAAAUUAUCAAAAAGCAAUUGAACGUGUUUCAUCUUACAGUGUCAAGUAGUCUGCUUACGCAAUCCUGUUGGCAAUACCGUUGCUUAACUGACUUUUUACACACUUCGCUCAAUAUUGAAGUGUCAUAAGCGACCUGGAAAAAGAUUUAUGUCGCGAGUUUCAAAUUUUAUUCAGUUCAAUCCCUUGCCCCAUAAUAAAAAUUCGUAGCCAUAAUUUCGAAUUCGUUUUCUUUCUUUUUUUUUAUGACAGUGUUAACUUGCAGUCAAUCCACUAUUUUAAUUGAAUUAUUAAUAUUAAUAAUUAAUAUAUCAUAUAAUAUUAAUAAUAAAUUAAACAUAAAUAUUAUUCAUUUUUUUGUGGUCGAAAUGAAUUCCAUUUUUCGUCGUCAAUAUUUAAUUUUCAAAAUAAAUAUAGUAUCCAAAAGCUUUUUUAAAAUCGCUGUUUUCAAACAAACGAAUUUAGUUCUUGAACAAUGACAUCAGAAGCAUCUAAAAUCAACGUUUCAUUUUCUGAUAAUUGACUCAAUUUGUUAAUUGGUUGUAUUGUAUUAAGUAUGUUCAAACAUAUUUUCAAAAUAAUUCACAGGUAAGGAUUUGAAUAAAAUUGCCUAUUAGAAACAAUAGAAUCUUUAUAAAAACUAGUUUUAAAAACAAAGUCCAAUACUGCACUAAGUUCACUAAAUUAAACUCUCAGGCGAAAAAAGUUAUUCGAUAUUUUUCAAUAAACAGAAAAGCAGUAGUAUCAUUCUAAUAUAAAUUAAAAUAAUUUGAAAUUUUCAUUGUUUUUAUGUAAUUUGACCUACUUACAGCAAUAUUAUAUAUAAACGCAUGCACACAGAAAAUUAGUUCAUGUCGAAGUUGGACAUUAUGCUAUACUCUGAUUUAUAUUUAUUUAAGAAUCGGUGAAUAUGAUGCAAUCUUCGUUUGUUUAGUUAGUUUUAUCUAAUUACUACAUUUUUCCGUAGAAAAGUCUUUUGUAGCCAUAUAAUUAAUCUAUUAAAAAUAAUAAGAUGUACAUGUAUGUUAAAAAUUUUUAUGCCAUUUAUACUUAAAUGCUCAGACUUGUUACAUGUGUCCUGCGUACAUAUUCAACCCAUACCUGUUAAUGUAAAUUAAAUGAAAACACAAAUGAAAAGGAAACAAAAUAAAGUUAGCAAAUUAUUUUUCAUGUGUAAUAUAAAAACAUAUUAUAAAAUUGAUAUUUUUUCAUUCUAUUAACUGUUCUUUUGAAAAUAUUAAAUAUAGUUUAUAAUAUUUCAUAUACGUAUGAAUUGCACACUCUUACUGAAUCGCGCAGAAGCUUUAUUACUGAGUUAAAACUUUUUAAUGAUUUAUUUGACUUGAUUAUCCAAUUUAUAGCGUGCUUAGGCUUGUUUUUAUUAGAAAAAUAGUUCCCAUCUAACUGUGAUCUUUUCGAAUUUAUGUUGUUAACGAUAAAAUAAUUUUUUUCGGUUAAAAAAUUUCAGUUAGCUCUGUGUUACAAUGUUUUCUUUGAUAUUGACCGACAGUUGAUGUCUGAAGAAAGGCAACAUUAGUUUUGUGAAAUUUCCUUUUUCAUUUCAGUAUAGUAUAUAAGCUUUCCAAUACAAUGAAUAAUUCUUGCGGUUCUGUGCAUAGUAUAUAAUACAUAUAGCGGCAAGAAUUAUCUGCCUCCGAAAAUCUGCACUUUUGAUUGGUAGCGACAUCCAUGGCGAAACGCUCAAACUGAUAGAUAAAUGUUACCGAUGUGACAAACAAACGUUACCGAUCUUGAAAACGAAAUAGAUAAAAUAAAAAUUUAUUUAUCGUUAUAUUAUUCAGAAGUAAUGUUAAAACUGAAACUAUAAUUUUCUCAAAAAGUUCCAUUUUUUCUGAUCAAUUUAAAAGAAGAACGA